AAUAACAACUUCCGCUGUCAAUAACCGCAUAACAUUAAAGCGUAUCACAGGCUGGUCAAGAAAUGCAAACUAAAUGUUUUAAGAAACAAGUAAAUUAUUUCGCAGAUGCUUGUUUGAAUAGGGUGCGUGUAAAAUAAUACACGUGCAAGCAAACGAUAAAACGCAUGCGUCAUUGCUAGUUAAUAAUAAACGCAGUUAAUCGGAUUGGCAACAAAGUAAGUUAUUCCCUAGACAUAAUGGAUGCAACCCCGGACUUAAUUUGGCCGGCUGUGUUAUUUACACUACUUGCAAUAAUUGUAGCAGCCGUUAUCACGAGGAAAAACAAUACUAAAGCGCCAUUAACGCGCAUAAAUCAAAGUACUGCUGUUGUGGAUGAAAGCACUGGAAACAGCUCGCAAAAUAAUGACACUGCAAAGCAUACUUUAGAGAUUCAGCAGCAAUCUUAUGCAAACAAACUUGCAUCCAAAGAUGAAAGUGUACUGGAUUCUACCACAGAAAACGAGGAAGAAGUCUGCAGGACAGACGCUGAGGAGGAUUCAUCUGAAUAUGGGAUAAGGAAUGCUCUAAAGGAUUAUGCUCAAUCAACUGAUGCUGAAGAGAAACCAUUGAGAUACAUGGCUGGCAUGCUGAGGUCCAGUCAACUUAAAAAGAUGAUGACCAAAGAAGAACUGGAGGAAGAGCAGAGGGUUCAACGAGAGCAGCUAGCUGCCAUCUUUCAGCUGCUAAGAGACAAACAAGACACAUUUGGUGAUGUGACGCAGAACGAUUUACAAGAACAGCUUCAACUCUACUCUUUUUAAAUCUAGUCAACUAUGUCUGUUUGUCUAUCAUAUUAAAUGUACUAUAUUAUUUUACUGUAUUAUACAAUAUACUUAAUAAAUAAUAUAACUUCAAAGUCAUUGUCUAAAAUACAUACUAAGUAUUUUGCUUUAGUCUGAGAAAGUUAAGGAGGUUGGUGAUUUUCACCAAUUAAUAGAACCAUCAUCACUUAUGCGCUAAAUUUGUUUUCUUGGAGAUACAACUGAUGCUAAAGACCAGUCUGUUAAGCGUGAAGACAACAUAACGCCUAUUCCAAUGUUCCUUAAUUAUUUUACUGUAUUUAUUUUGACAUUUUACUUUUUUAUUUGAGCUUCUUAAAUAAAGCACAUAUUUGCUUACACAAGACUAGUUACUUACUUUAUAGUGAUGGGUGGACUGCAGUACAAAGAUAAACAUACAAUUUAAACAAAUACGAAUAGGAAGAUGACAGUUGGGUUAUUGGGUUGUAAAGCAAUGAGGUCUUUUGUGCACAUGAACCGAUGGCUUCGAAAACUUUGGCUGGUGUCAUUCUGACGUUUUGUGUGUUGUUUUAUGCCAUUCUUUGGAUAAAUCUAUCUGUAAAUUUGAAGAGGUGAGUUUGAGAAUUUGCAGUAUUGCUUAAAAAUAACAUUUAUAGAAAGAGAUUUUGAAAGAGAUAUCUGUGUUGUCUUAUGUUAUAGUUAUGAUACUCUAAUAACUUGUUUAUAUGGGUUUUAUGAUGUUUUGAAACAUUUUUAAUUUCUCAGUUUUUCUCAAGGUUUGAAAGACCUGGUUAGGGCAGAAUUUCUCUGGAGAGAAAUUCACGAGCAUAUAGAUGAUCGUGCAACAAAUAAUAAAACCAUCAUCACUUCUGC